AUGGAGGGCUCUCAGGCUCCUGCCCCCCAGGCCCAGCCGCAGCCGCAGCAGCCUGUGGCCCCCCAGCACUCGAACUUGAUCCGGACCGAUCAGGUGCAGAAACUGCCUCACCUCAAUGAACAGCAAAAGGCUCAGCACACCCAGUUGGUGCGCAACUUCUGGGAGGCGUUGAACAGCCGCGACCCGCAGAGCCCGGAAUACCAGCAAGCUCACGCCCGACUCGCCCAGCUGUCCCAGAAUUUGAUGAAAGGCAUGCGCGUGUACCAACAGAGCCGCCAGCUCCAGCAGCAGCAGCUCCAGGCCGCCGCCCAAGGCCAGCCCGUCCAGCGGUCGCAGUCGAUCAACCCUCAGAGCUUCGCGCAGCUCCUCCCGCAGAUCCAACAGAAGGUCAACACCCUGCAGUUCUUCCUGCCACCGAACAUCAACCCAGAUGCCGUGCAGAACUGGCUGUCGGAGGCCAAGCUCCGGUAUGGCAUCGCCUUGCAGAAGCAGGAGAUCGGUCGGGCUCGGGCCGCGGACGUGCGAAAUCAGUUUAGCCAGCGCCAGAACCAGGGCAAUCUGACCCAGGAGGAAAUUCAAGAGUACAAGAAUCGCCAGAUGGCGGCCGAGAAACUCUUUCGCGAGGGGAGCGACUUCCUGACUAAAUUCCGGGAACAGCAGGAGAAUUUCAAGGCGCAACAGCAGCGCACGGGCAUCCCCACCGCGCCGGCACUGCAACAGCAGCAACAGCCGCAGCAGCAGCUGUCCCAGGGAACGACCGGUCCAGCAGCCACCGCGCCUGGCGUGGCCGGGGCGAAUGCCCCGGGCGCGAUGCACCCGGGACAAGUGCCCACCCCGGCUCCCCACACCAUCAACUCCGCCGUGAGUGCGGCGCGGACCCAGGCCGGCCAGGCGGCGGCCAUGUCGCCCUCCACCUCCCAACCGGGCCAGGCACCGGCCGGACAGACCCCGGGGGCGGCCACCCCCGUCCCACAGAUGAUGCCGCAGCAACCGCCGCAACCCCUCCAGCAGCCCCCGCAGCAGAUGCCACCCCAGUCGCAACCCCAACCGCAACCGCCACAGGGUCAAUCGCAGCCAGGUCCGCCCGUAUCGCAGGGCCCUUACGGCCAGGUGCCCAACCUCGAUGGGUCGGCGCCGACGCCCACCGCGCAAACACCCGCCCCAGGGCCCCCGCGUCCGUUAUCCCAACAAGCCGCCAUGGCGCAAGCCGCGCAGAACUACACCAACACGGCCAACAACAACAGCAACGCCCCGCUGAACCAAGCGCAGAGCAUGUCGCAGUCCGCCAGCGCGUCAUCCCACGCCCACCCACAGGGCUACAUCCCCAACCGCUCGACGGAGAACACCGCGCGCAACAUCAACAUGGUCAUCCCGAAGAACCUGAACGUGCCGACGCCCGAACCCGUCAGCAUGUCCCCGGCCCGGCCUACCCUCUCCGGCGGGCCCAGCCACGGCGCGAUGGGAAUGAUGGGCCAGCCGGCCAUCCAGAAGCACCCGGGCUACGUUCUCGAGGGCGAGGGCCAGCGUGUGUUGAGCAAGAAGAUGCUGGACAUCUUGGUCCGCCAGGUGACCGGCGGAGGCGAAGGCGAGGGACUCACCCCGGAUGCAGAGGAGUUCGUCCUCCAAAUGGCCGACGACUUCGUCGACGACGUAAUCACAGCCGCCUGCCGCCUCGCCAAGCUCCGCCCUUCAUCGACCCUCGAAAUGCGCGACAUCCAACUCGUCCUCGAGCGCAACUACAACAUGCGGAUCUCGGGCUUCUCCACAGACGAUCUCCGAACCAUCAAGAAGCCACAGCCUACGCAGGGCUGGACGCAGAAGAUGUCUGCCAUCCAGGCUGCGAAGGUCACGCAGGGGAAGGCCGAAUAG